UAGCGCAGUUGGUCAGUUUGAAGCGUGUAAGCGACCUUGCCGCAUUAAAUAUAGACUGCCGUCAGUUUCUGUCGCCAACAAACCACUAGACUAGUACAAUCGCGUUCAUACACCGUUUCUUAUCACUCAAAAUGGAUAGAUUACGCCGUAAUCACCGAACACAUGCCGGUGGUGUGUUAAACAAGUGUAUAAUUGGUGUUGUGUGGUAAAGUGUUGUGUUAAAAAUGUCUUCAGCGUCUUCCACGUCGGGGAGGAAACGUUAUGGUUCUGAGCACCCUGCUCGAGACGGAUCACUACGAGAGUUUGAUCAAGGAUCUGACGUGCACGAAAUGCAACAGAUAUAUGAAACCUCCCAUUUACUUGUGCGUUGACGGACACAGUAUAUGCGGGCCUUGUUAUGAGAAGAGCUACCAGUGCCAUGUAUGCCAGAAAGAGUUCGCUCUGAUCCGACCGAAAGUUCUGGAAUCUUUGGCGAACAAAGUUCUCUUCCCAUGUACUAAUCAAGGCUGCCCAAAACAUGCAACUCUUCCGAUAUUAGAGAAGCAUGUAGCACAUUGCCAAUACCGUAUUAUUAAUUGUUUUAUGGCUAGGGUUUAUGAAGGUGAAUGUAAUUGGGAAGGCCGCGCCGGGGAAUGGAUGGACCAUUGUUUUUCGGAACACAAGAAAAGAGUCACUGAACUGCCCUUCAUUACCGUCAAAGACCAAUGGAAUGCAAAACGUACAGAGCCUGUUCUUAACUACUUCUUGUUAAGAUGUUAUGAGAAGAUUUUUAACGUGUACCAAAUAUACGAUAAAAAAGGAGGACGUAUGAUGUGGACUGUGCUUGUUAAUGACGAGCUAGCUGAAAAAUUCUACUUCGAAGUUGACAUAUUUCUACCCAAUAUUCCCAGCAAAAGGAUUGUCUAUAGGCGUCCUUGUAAAUGUGAGAAGGACGCAGAUUUUCUAGAGCACACACAAAAUGUUUACAUUCCCGUCGAAAACAUUUUCUCUAUGUUGGAUGAGAGCGAGUCGAUGAAUUUCACUGUACGCAUUGGUGAAGUUGAGAACUUGCCGCUUUUAGAUACACCAACAAGUAGCGAGAGCCGCAUAAUGCUAAAUAGCGAAGAAGAACACAAAGGCGAUCACUUAGACGGAACCUAUUAAUACCUUUACAAUAAAUAUUGUGGCCACAUUUAUAUGGUGCAUUACCUUUUAUUGUAUAAGUUGCGUAAAACGUACUUCGUUAUGCAUUCCUAGUUGUCAAUCUUGUUAUGCUCUUAUGUUAUCACGGGGAUCUAGCAUAAUCUUUUUGUGGUAGGUAUAACUAAUUGUAAUAAGGAUGUUUUACGGACCGCUGUAAGAUAAAUUACAAUUUUACCGUAUUACAUACAUUUUAUCUAGCGAAGUACUAUUAUAUGCCAUGGAAUUUUUUAAAUAUAGAAUAGAAUUUUAAAAUUGUUUUAUUAAUUAAUGUUGUGUUAUAAAAUGACGAAACAUAGUUUUAAGGAGUAAUGGAAUUUAUUUCAUUUAAUUUCAUGUAACACCCGUGAACACAAUAUACACUAUAUUUUAGGUAUUCUUUCUAUUUAUCAGGGUGUCCCAAAUUUGUGCACUGUGAACAAUUAUAGUUUUACAGACGCAUAGUUUUAAGAAUUCGGUACAAACAUGUGUCAGGGAUCUUGUAGGUUUUUUUCGUAAUCAGUAUCUGAAAAUGUAUGUUCCAUUGACCAUAGUUCACCAUAUCUUUUACACCCUGCAAUUCUCUUUAUCAUAAUACUCACUUUAAAAUAAAUCAACUUUAUAAAUAUAAUAUAGAAUUCAUGAAUCUUUUCAUUUCUGAAUAUUUGGUAUAUUACAAAAUGUCAUGUGA